GUAAAGUAUUUUCAUCAGUUAAUUUAUAGCAAUAAUAUUAUUUUACACAAAAUUACCGAAAUUAAAGUUUUCAGCGUGAAAUAUUUGAGACCACGUGAUAUAUUUUUGAUAAUUAAUAUAAAGAGUUAAGGCGGAGGACUGCGAAUCUAACAAACGGAAUCAAAAUGCCGCCAAAAAAGAAGGGAAAAGGAAAAGGAAAAGGGAAAAAGGGGCCCAUCCUUAUCGAUGGCGUCGAUACAUCGAAAAUGGAUCGAAAUGAUCUUGAAGCUUUUGCUUUACGCCUCAAGGCUGAGCUGGAUCGUGAAAGGGAGGAACGUAACUACUUCCAAUUGGAAAGAGAUAAAAUUCGUACAUUUUGGGAAAUAACAAGAGGUCAUUUAGAUGAAACAUAUACUGAAUUACGUGAAAAGGAUCGCGAAAUUGAGAUGGCAAAUGAAUUGGCUGAAAGAGAAACAAAACAUGCUUUGCAACAGAUGAAACAUUUGCAAUAUGAAAGCCAAAAUAAAAUUGGGGAAGUCCGAGCAGAGGCCAUGACACAAUUAAAAUUAGCUCAGGAAGAACAUGCCAAACAAGAAAUGGAAUUGUUGAAAGACAAACGAGAAUUUGAACGCUUUUUACGUGAACGUGAUGAGUUACAUGAACUUCAAAUUCAACAAUUAAAAGUGGCUCAUAUUUCUGAUGCAGCUGAAAGAAAAUUGGACUUUCAAAGAGAAGCUAAAGAUUUAAAUUUAUUGCAUGAGCAAAAAAUGCAGCAAUUGAAAAGGGAUCUCGAGCUUAGUUAUGAGGUACAAAUGUCUGAAGUGCAGGAACGUAAAAAUACACAACUUGCUAGGUUAAUUGAGAGCCAUGAAAUAGCGUUUAAUGAUAUGAAAAACUACUACAACGACAUCACAUUGAACAAUUUAGGUCUAAUCAGCAGCUUGAAAGAACAAAUGGAAACGCUACGUAAACAAGCCGAACGUAGCGAACGUGUGACUUCGGAAACAUUAACUGAAAAUCGCAAACUUAAGGAACCGCUCGAAGAAGCUAGAGCUGAACUGUCUAUUUUACGACGCAAAUUAGAACAUUUCAAUCGAAACGCUAGUCAUCUGAAACGUCUACAGGUACGAAAUGAACAAAUCGAAAAGGAUUUGACGUCUAUCAAUUGGGAAAAUGAAGCUUUACUAAUGCGAAAUGAAACAUUAGUAAAGGAGCGAGAAGAGUUGAAGCUGAGAUUUAAUGAUGUUGUGACGGAACUACAACAGAAAACAGGACUCAAUAAUGUUUUACUUGAACGUAAGAUAUCAGUACUGAAGCGUGAUGCUGAGAAACGUGAUGUCAUGCUACGUGAGUUAGUAUCCAAAUGUACUGUUAACGGAGAAGUACCACCCCAUCUGGAAGAAACUGUUUCGAAAAUGUUAGAUUACAAGAACAAAUUGAUUGAAACUAUGCGCUAUGAACUAACGCGCACUACAAAGGCUCACGAUGAUUUACUGGCAACAUAUGAAGCAAAACUUAAAGAAUUUGGUAUACCGAAAGAAGAAUUAGGUUUCGAACCAUUGCAGUUCACAACUAAACGAAAAUAUUUAUGUGGACCAGCCGGCUUAGUGACAAAGAAUCAGUAAAUUUUGUAGAUUAUAUAAAUAGUGUUAUUUGAUUUGUGGGGUCAAGAAAAUUAUUAUUUUUCCUUAUUUGAAAGCAAUAUAUAAACAUUAGAUAUAUAAUGAAAUA